AUGAAACCAUCGGAUUUGCUGCAAUUAACGGAAAGGAUAAAAUUCAAAAUUCCUUUACCGCCCGGCGUUAGCACAACAACACUAAUACCUAAGUUAAUACGCACGAAGGAUGUCAAACAGUUGCAGGAUGGUAAUGCGCAGCCGACAAAGCCGAAACUAACGAAAUGCCUCGACACCCUCGACUUAACAUCGCUGGGAGUUGGCUCAUGCUGUGGCACUGGUAUGUACCUGGUCGCAGGUAUGGUGGCGAAAAAUCUCGCUGGACCCGGAGUGAUAAUUAGUUUCAUCAUCGCAGCGAUAGCAAGCAUUUUCUCAGGUGCCUGCUAUGCGGAAUUCGGUGUACGCGUGCCACAUACUUCCGGCUCAGCUUAUAUGUACUCCUAUGUGGCGGUGGGCGAGUUUGUAGCGUUUAUUAUUGGUUGGAAUAUGAUAUUGGAGUAUUUAAUAGGAACAAGUGCCUGCGCGUGUGCUUUGAGCUCUAGUUUUGAUUCACUAACCGGUGGUGCCAUAGCGAAUGCGAUUGGCGAUACAAUCGGCACCAUAUUUGGUAAGCCACCUGAUUUUAUAGCUUUUGGCAUCGCUUUGAUUAUGACUUGUGUGCUGGCAAUGGGAGCGAGUAAAUCGGUGAUAUUCAAUCAUAUAUUGAAUGCAGUAAAUCUGGCGACUUGGGUAUUCGUGAUGGCUGCCGGUUUAUUUUAUGUUGAUAGCAGCACUUGGACAGAACAUCAAGGCUUCCUGCCAUACGGUUGGGGUGGUGUAUUUUCCGGUGCAGCGACUUGUUUUUAUGCUUUUAUCGGUUUCGAUAUUAUAGCUACCACCGGUGAGGAGGCACACAGUCCACAAAAGAGCAUACCGAAAGCUAUUGUGGGUUCGCUGGUGAUUGUUUUGUUUGCGUAUGUGAGCGUUAGCUUAGUGUUAACCCUAGUUGUGCCCUUCGAUCAUAUUAGUCCUGGCGCGGCAUUGGUUCAGAUGUGGUCUUAUGUAGGUGCACCCAAAUGUCGCGCAAUAGUCGCAGUGGGUGCCACUGCAGGUCUCUCCGUUGCUAUGUUCGGCUCGAUGUUUCCAAUGCCGCGUGUGAUUUAUGCAAUGGCACAAGAUGGACUUAUAUUCAGACAACUCUCGCAGCUGUGGCAGCGCACUAAUGUGCCCGGUUUGGCAACCAUUGGCAGUGGUGUUGCAGCUGCACUGGUUGCGCUUACCGUGCGCUUGGAAAUUCUCGUCGAAAUGAUGUCCAUUGGCACACUGCUCGCCUACACGCUAGUCUCCACCUGUGUACUGGUGUUACGAUAUCAGCCGCACAGCACAUCGCUGGUUGAGUUGCUGCCAGCGCAGUUGCGUACACCACUGGCACCGGGCACAGCAACAGAUCCGAGCGCUACCACCGCUGAGGUGUUGCCAGCGAACAAAUUAACAAUAAAACGGGUAACACGUGGAAUGUCCGAUUCGGAUGAUUCCUUUAUCGACGAGAGUCCGGAGGGUUAUUUGGGGCGUGAUGACCAAUUUCUUGUGUCCGAUCGUUCGGAAAAUAAAUUUUACGGCAGCGUACAUGGCGCCCCUACCGGACCGACUGGUCAGGCAACCGCUUUCGAUACAAUGGGCUUAAAUUUUGUAUCACGUAAAAUACAUGAUUAUGCGUAUUUGUGUCCCGGCUUCUUUCCAUGGAUUAAUCCCGGUCAGGCUACAGCGGAAAGUGGCAUGUAUGUCACCAAACUUGUUGGAAUCAUGUUCGGUCUCAUAUUCUUCUUGGAUCUGUUUGCUGCCAUUGGCUGGUCCGGUGGCCUUGCCGCAUUCAUUUAUUUCAUUUUGUUUAUUGGCAUAUUUGUGAUACUAUUAAUUAUAUCAAGACAACCACAAAAUAGAUACGCGCUCGCAUUCCUUACGCCGGGACUUCCAUUUAUACCUGCAAUUGCCAUAACCGUUAAUAUUUAUUUAAUAUUUAAAUUAAGCAUACUCACAUUAGUUAGAUUUACUAUCUGGAUGACAUUGGGCUUCAUCAUGUACUUCUACUAUGGCAUUACGCACAGUACACUCGAGCAGACGACUGAUGAGAUAGAACUGCAUGUCGAUAAAGAUUAUAGUAAAAAUGUCGAAGAGAAAGCCGUGUGGGAUCAACCCACAUAUAUGAAUCAAAGCAAUGAGCCUGUAUGGGCUACUAAGGACACGCGAGCAAAACAAACAGCAACCACAAAACGUUCCAAUACAAGUUAUUCCAAAGCAACAGAAAGCAAUUCCACUAAACAACAAAAACAACAGCAAACGAAAAAUUCCACAAGUACAAGAAAUACAACAACAACAGCGAAUUCCACAGCAACAGCAGCAACAACGGAUGGUAAAUUUAGCAUGUUUAUCGAUGAGACGCAAUUUCCAACGUGGGAUGAUUAAAAGUAACAGAGAUUAAAAACCAAACAUACAUACAUAAUAAACAAAACUCCAUGUAAACGAAAAACAAAGCAAACAAAAGCGUAUUAAGUAGUUGAAACAAGGUGAAAUGCACUUAGGUAUGUAUUAUACACGCGUAAAUAUAAUGGAAGAAAUAAAAAAU